ACCUAUAUGCUUCGUGGUUUAAGUGCUCCAAGACUUGUUUUAUAAGAAAAAACAACCGAAAAAAGUAAAAUAAAAACAGCGAGAAAAACUAUCUGUGAGCAGGGAAAAAAAAGGAGAGAAGGGAGAAAAAUCAAUCGGACUUACGUUUUCUUUUUUCAAUGAACUCUUGCCGGUUUGUGGAAGACUUUCUAAUAAUACGGAUCCCCAAAUUUUAGGGGGUGGUGGAUAUUUCAUCGGGGGAAGAAGGAUUCAAACAUCACGUGUUGUUGCAACGGAUGCCCUUUGUUUCGUCAAAGGUGGAUAUGUUGAACCAAAAUGUUUUGUCUGCUGUGCUAUAACUAAAUGAGACUUCACCUUAAUGUAGUACUAUUGCUCACUCUUUAAAGGCAAUCAAAAUUUUAUUAUGGAACUUCUAUGGCUGGUGGUGCUUUUUCUUGUACAGUAUGUGUCCAAAGGAAUUUUAGCAGGCAUUCCUGGUAUAAAGCUACGAACAAUGGUAUUUGAAGAAGAAAAUCAACAGCUUCCUGAAUAUCAUGCUGUAACGGGAGGCCGGGCUGAAUUGCCCUGUAACAUCACCCAGCACUCAUCGGAGGAUAAAGUGUCUUUAGUUUUGUGGUACAAAGAAGACGCCAGAGCACCCAUUUACAGCGUUGAUGCGAGGAACAGCCCGCUCGAAAAGGCAAAGCACUUUCCCGGAGCUUCAUUAGGCUCCAGGGCAUACUUUGAGACUUUCACUAAACCCACGAUCCUCCGGAUUGAGCCCAUUCAGGAGAAAGAUGCUGGUAUUUAUAGAUGUCGAGUUGACUACAGAUGGGCCAGGACCUUUACGCACAGUAUGAUGCUCAAUGUUAUAGUUCCACCUAAAGAAACAAUCAUAUUGGAUACUGAAAACAAUGAACUGUCUGGAGUAAUUGGACCCUAUGAUGAAGGUUCUGAACUACGCCUGAGAUGUGAAUCCAUUGGAGGUUACCCUCCUCCGACAGUGACGUGGUGGAGAGGUUCGACGCUAUUGGACGACACAUUCGAAACCUUACCAGAUGGAGUUGUCAGAAAUGAUCUCGUCAUUUCUGUCCUUCAGAGGUCGGAUUUGUUGAUGGUACUCACGUGUAAUGCCAACAAUAACAACGCUACAGUAGCUGUUGCCACUUCUGUCAAGAUAAACCUCAACCUAAAACCCAUUGAAGCUCGGAUAACGUCUUUGAGACGCACGCUGUCGGCUGGACGAAGAGCCGAGCUGGAAUGCACCUCCACAGGAUCCCGUCCGGCAGCCCGGAUAUCUUGGUGGAUAGGCACCACACAACUCACCAAUACGUCCGAGAGCUUUUCUCCGGAUAGAAACAAAACCACAAGCAUCUUAAACUUGUGGCCCACAAGUGAUCACAACAACAAAUAUUUAAGUUGCAGAGCAGAAAACCCUAUGCUACCUGGACAACCUGUUGAAGAUGGGUGGACACUGAAUGUGUCUUAUAUCCCUCGAGUGAUGCUGAGUGUAAAAAUAGAUCACGGGAAGCAGCCAACAGCAAGUGAAGGCAGCGAUGUCCGCUUUCUUUGUGAGAUCAAGGCAAACCCCUGGGUCGUGGAUGUUGGAUGGUUAUCAGAAGACGGAAGAAUGAUGAAUGAACCUGAUAUUGGUGUGAUAAUCGCAAAUAAUACGCUAAUAAUCAAACGAGUGCAAAGAAAGCAUGCGGGGAAUUAUCAGUGCUAUGCAACUAAUUCUGAAGGAACAGGACACAGUGAAAAAGUGUAUCUCAAAGUAAACUAUGCUCCUGUCUGUCAGGCUGGUCAAAAAAUAGUUUACGGCGUGGCCAAAGGUGAGCCUGCCAGAGUUGACUGCAGUGUGGAUGCUGAGCCCUCGGAUGUCAGCUUCAGGUGGAAUUUUAACAAUAGCGUCGAUCAGCAUGAUAUUCUUUCUUUUACAAGUUCUGGUCCCACCAGUGCAGCAACCUACAUACCACGGACGUUGAAGGAUUUUGGAAAACUAUAUUGUUGGGCCAAGAAUAAAGUCGGCGACCAGCAGAUACCAUGCAUUUUCAACGUAAUACCUGCAGGGCCUCCUGACCAAGUUCGCAACUGUUCGGUCACGAAUUACACUUCCGAUUCCUUGCGCGUCGAGUGUGAAGAAGGCUAUGAUGGUGGACUACAACAGAAAUUUUACUUAGAGGUGUACAACGAGGCACAGGAGUACUUGGAGAAGAAUUUAACUAGACUUGAACCUAUCUUCCAUGUUCAAGAUAUAACAGCAGCUACAGAAUACAUUCUGGUUAUUUAUGCGGCUAACAUGAAAGGCAGAAGUCCAUCUGUUGUCAUCAAAGGAUCGACAGAAGCUGCGCCACGAUCAGAACAAGGUUUUUCUUCGGAGUCCAUUAACAUUAUUCUCGGUGUAAUGAUCGGUGUUGUUGCCGCAUUAGUUUUCGUUGCUGGAAUUGCAGUGUUCAUAAUAAGAAUGCGAGAGGAGGAAAGAGAAGCUGGUUCAAGGGAAGGUCCGACAAGAGAGAAGGACGAAAUUUUGUUAAAGAAAAAUUUGGUAGAUCCUGCGGAACAUGAUGGAAAAGAUCCAGAUGUCAUCCCUCCUCAAAAUUCGUACUGUGCUGAAAUGGAACAACCUGGAGGAAUUCCAAACAUGCUUUUACCUCCAAAUGAUUACAUAGGCCCUGAAGAUCGUGCCAACUACCGAAUAGAAGCUGUUCAAGAGAUGCCAUUUGACCCUGUUCCUCAGAAGAGCGCUCUAUACGAAACUGGUUAUACCGGAAGUCUUCAAAGAAAUCCAAAGCACCGUCAAGAAGCCUACAUUGAUUUUUGCCCAAAUCAACCCGUUGUCGCCCCUAACAUCUGCCAAUAUGACGCCAACGCCGUACCUUUUGCUACGUUGGACUAUCAUCGGCGACCUCCACAGGCCGUGGUGGGAGGCGUUAUGCCUCACCCUCCUGAAGUGGAAGAUGAGCGAAGAACUUUGCCAAGAGGUAGAUCCGGUAUGCACAAUCCUAACUUCCAUGGAAGCAGGGAGGUGUAUACACCCCCUCGAGGUAGAAGAACAACCAUUUCGACGCCAGUGUGAUGUGAAACGGUUUGAUCCAAAGGAUAGUUUCCAGCAAGUUUAGACAAUUCUGAUCGAUUGUCUUUUGAAAGAAGGACGUGUUUUGAAGUGUUUCCAUUCCGAAAAUUCAUAAAAUUGGGCUGACGGAGAUGGAUUUGCAUAUGAAAGACACACUACUGUGUUCAAGGCGGCAGAUUUCAGUCACUAUUGGCUUCCAGCUCUGGGUUAAUUAAUUGGGCAUAUCUUAAUGGAGGAGGAAAUACAUAAAAGAAAUGAUCCUCUUUCGGAAAUUACAGUUUUAUUCAUUAUGGAUUUCUUAUUUAGAACAGGAGAAAAGGAGCGAUCUAUUGAAUUCCUUUCUUGCAUUUUUUUUUUUUAUUUUGUGGUAGUUAUCUUACAAAGGUAUUAAUCGUAAUUGGAAUAUAGCUUUAUUACAAAGCGGUUUUUGGGUUUUAUUAAAACAUUUGGUUUUUCCGUACUGCUUGCCCUGGCAUUUAAGAAAAUAUCCUGUAAAGCGUAGACAUAAGAAAAGAAUAAAUUAAUUUUAUUUGGAAUAUGCAACAAUAGGGUGUUCCUAAAUAUUCAAUAAUUGCACAAAAAAAGAUUCAAAUAUAAAAUAAGGCAUCUUAUAUGGUAUUUGAAACAAAUUAUUGUGGUUUAUUAAUAAGUACUCGAUUGAUAUAUUUUGAAAAAAAUAUAUAUAUUAUUGAAUAAAAUCAACAGCAUCAUUUCAGAACUUUGAAGGGAAUUAUUAUUAAUUUAUUA